CUGAGCCACCCAGGUGCCCCUGCAGCAGUUGGGUCGUGUUCCCAGGAGACGUUACCUCUGUGUCAUCUUAACUGCUUCCCUGUAGUGCUGUCGUCUGUCUGGUGUGGGUGAGGAGGACAGAAACAGGGACUGGAGCAGGGUCAGGCCUAAAAAGGAGCUUCCUAUCGGGGCUCCCCAUUGGCAAAACCCAACUGCGAGCCAUAGGACAAGGGGGUUUAUUGGAUAUGGCCUCCAAAACAUUUAACAGAAUGAAGAAGGAGAGAUGUUUAUAGCUAUGAUACAUUCCUCAGAGAUCACUGAGAGGAACCAGGAAUGGGAUACCUCAGGAAAGAACAUUGAGGACAUUGUGGAGGUACUCCAAUCUGCUGAUCAGUUGUCAACAGAUAAUGUCUUUAAAACUCUCAAGUCGCUGAAAGUUAAAAUCCUAAACAACAAGAUGGUACCUCCACUAUGCCAAAAGGUGACCGAUAUCUUCGUUGACUACCUGAGGACCACGAAGCCGGAGGGAGAACUGGAGGAGUUGUGUACUACGGUCCUAAUGGCUCUGGGGUUCCAGUCUCCAGGAAUAGUCAUCUUCAAGCUGUGGGACAGAUGGCACAACACCUUGCCCCCAAAUUGCCUCCUGACUGCAGUGGGGAGACUCAUCCACCGCCAGGAUGCAGCUUCAUAUGUUGGGGUCACAUGGGAAUAUAUCCUGCGCCUUCUGAGGAUGGCCCAAACAGAGGAUGACAUGUUGGCAAUAUGUCAUGUGCUCAAAGGAUUGGUCAUCAGUGCCCGGAAAUAUGUGGAUUUGUCCACUACAGAUGAUGAAAUAAUGGACAUCACAAAAGAGGCCGUGUCCUUCAGGGCUUAUCUCACCCUCAGGCUUCUCUUCAAUCGUUGGUCCCUAAAGACCAACAACAAGGUGACAGAGCAAGCUAUGGUGAUAAUUGGUCACCUCUUCUUCCUCAUGCCAUCCUCCAAACUCAAGAACCAAGUGAACCGGUUAACCCGAUGGUUUAUGACUUUGGUAUCUGCAAAAGUGACACCUUUCUACAUUUCCCAGUGUAUUUACCAACUUAUGGAUGCUCUGGCUCUUAGUGGCUGUGGAGGUAUAAACUUGGAAUCCCAGCUGGAAAAUAUUACAGACAUGCUGUUCAAUCAGCUGAGUGAAACAGUCAAGGAGUCAGAUCCUCACUCUGCACGGAACCAUAUCCUUGCCCUGAAAGCUUUCUACAUCCUAUCCAAGUUAUACAAUGAUCAGGUGGUAUUCUUAAUACAAAAGACCAUGCAAACCAGUGAUCCAGCCAAGAUAGUAUCAGCUCUUCAAGUUUUCAUGGAUGUGUUCCCGGACGUGCCCCAGACAGAGCAACUGAAGAAUGAAGUGAUGCAUUCCGUCGUCAUCAUGAUUCAGGACGAUCUCAAACCAGUGCGGAAGGCCCUCCUGAACUUCAUCAAGAUGCUGGGCCGGCAUAACUACUUGGCCAUGCCCCAGGGGAAUGUCAUCAUCAACUAUGUCAUCAAGCUCAGCGAGUCUGCCUGCUCUAAUGAAGAGGACAUCCAACUAAUGUGUUCCGAAAUCCUACAGAUGGUGUCCUUGCCCAAACUGAUCACCUUGGCAUGCCAGCCCAGCAACACCUUGGCCUUCGUGCUGCUGAGUAAGACAGCCACAAACAUGGCUCUGAAGGCCCGGUCCCUGGGCCAGGUUCCCUAUCUAAGCAGCUUUCACCUCUGCCCUACCCAGUUCAUCUCCCCACAGAAACUUCUGACCCAUCUUGUGGUGUUUUCCCUGAAGUCCUAUAGUGAAAGGGAGCUUGGGAUAAGCUCUCUAAGGCUACUACAUGCCCUGCAUCCUAUCACCUCCUUGCACCCUGUUAUCAACUCAAAUGUGGGCCAGCUGUGGAUGAAGAAGAUCCCCCAGAUGUUGCGGAUUCUGGAUGGUCUGCUUGUUUGGACCAUGUUCUGCACUGAGCAGAUAUGCAGCCCAGAGUUCUGUGCCUCCAGAUUUCCCAGAACACUCUUUCUUGUGCUCAGAGGAUUGGGAAAGAGUAUGGGUUUUGGAACUAGAGACCCAAAUCACACUAAGAAGAAUCUGGAUCAGGAGGAGUGGGAAGACAGGCUGCUCCAGUUUUCAAGCCAGUCGUUAGUGGCCAUCAAUGAUGACAGCUGGCUGGAGCAACUCAUCAAGGUUGUCUUGGAGAGGAUAAAUUAUUUCAGCGAUGGUGAGGAGAAGGCUUUUCUGUAUAAAUUCUUUGGAUUUACCUUGCGGACCUCAAGGAAUAUGAAACUGGUGAAGACGAUGCUUUCCUCUAUUCUACAAAGUGUCCAUGAAGAUAUGCGGGAGAGGGAGGGCAUUGCUACGGCACUGAGUAUCGUGUCCAUGAAGUAUCUAAAGAUAGUCCUGAACCAACUUCAAGAGUACAGUGCUAUCCUCACGGACAAGGGCUCAUCAUUCAUCCUCAAACUAAUGAAGGAACAUCAGCAAAGAGAAUGGGGGUUGGUCUGUAACAUCAUCUACUUAAGCUACAGCAAGAUUAUUUUCGAGAGCAAGGGAGGCAUCGUCACGCAUUUGGACAACAUCCUGGCUUUGGCGCUCCAACACUACCGCAACUGCGUUGUGGAAAAGGAUAAGAACCUGAAGCUGGAGUACCUGGGCGCCUUGAGCAAGCUAACAAACAUCAUUAGCAGCCAGCCCGUGGCCUUUCAGUUCAAGUUUGUUCAGAAACUAGAAAUUGUAACCUUCAUGGUGGAGUUAAUCAGGGAGGAGCCAUUGAAUUCCAUCUCCAGCUCCGUUAGGCUGAGGGCGAUGAAUAUCAUCACUGACUUCAGGAAUCUCAGUCCCCUCAUAGAGGUGGAAGAAAGAACAGAUCUUCUCCGAACAUGUUGUAAGAGUGUGCUCUGCCUGCCACCCACAGAAGUUUUGCUGAAGGAGGCAUCCAGUUCCCAGGAGGCUGAAGACACUGUGGAUUUGUACAGGGAGACCCUGCAAUCCCUUCUAAAGCUAAUGGAGACGCUUAUUUUUGAGAUGCCUUCUCGGAUCCAGUACUCCUUGGAGGUUCUGGACACAUGGCUGAAUUCCCAAAAGGACAAUGAGAGGGAACGGGCCAUGUGGUGUGCUGCCCGUAUUCUUGGCUUCACUGUAAAAACGAAUAACGUUGGAGUGGACAUCGAGUUCACUCGGCUGGGGCGUUUGGUAAGGCUGCUGGCCAUACGCUGCCAGGACCCAGUGGACAACAUCUGCUUCCUGUCUGCACAGGCUGUCUACAACCUCUACUGUAUCCUCCUGCUGCAAAAGCAGACGGGAAGGAAAAAACAGGGCUUGUGGGAAGAAGAGGGCAAGAGUGAAGUCUACAGCGCCAACGUGUUCUAUAACAACACCUUCGAGAUUGCCAAGGCCUUUGCAGAGUACUUCACGCAGAUGCAGCUCACCACCCUGGUGUUGACGGCCAUGGAGGGCCUGACUGACGGCAAGGCCAAGGUGUCUCUGGCAGCGGCCCAGCUGAUGAGCGCGGUCAUGAAAGAGCGGGGCCGAGACAUGAUUAAGAUUGAGGAAAUCGUGGAGGGGAUUCUGGAACGGCUCAACUCCCAGCUGGAGCCCAGUACAAAGGAGGAGGUCGUGCGGGGAGUGUGCUUGCUGGCCGGCAACAACACCCACAGUGUCGUGCCCUUGCUUCUCAGCAAGUCCCUGCCUUGGGAUAGAACCAGUCUGGCCCUAUGGAAGGCAUUUGGCACCCGGCGAGAGACCACGAUCAGUGUCCUGCAGCUGCUCAUCGGCAUCCUGGAAAAACUCCACUCCAGAGAGGAGACUGAGGAGAUGGCCUUCCAGCCUGUGGCGGUGACAUGUGCCCUGUGUGAGAUGCUAUCAGGGUCCCUGUGCCAGGAGGCCGUCCAGGAGCUCUACCCCCGGCUCUUGAUGGCUAUAUUAUGUCAUCUCUGCUGGGUGAUUGAGCAAAAUGUCCCCCAGAAGAUGGUGGUGUAUAGCAAGGAGGGGGGCCCAGGCAGCAAGAGCAAGCCCUUUGACCCCACGAGUUGUGCCCUGGAGGUCGUGAAGUUGGUGUUCUUGGCCGCUGCAUAUGAUGGAGUGGUGACCUAUGCAAAUCAGCAUCACUGCUGGGACCUUCUGUCCUGCCCCAGGUUUUACUACAUAGGGAUCAUGGACCUGACAAGCGGCAUUGUGAAGACCUGUGAGCCUGCCGUCCUGCACCGGGUCCUCAACCUUGUCAGAAACUACCUCUAUAGCUCCAGCUACCAUCAAAAGAUCCUGGCCAGGACUUUCUAUGCACAGCUCCUCUGGCACCGGUCAGUGGCUCAGACUCUGGGACAAGACUUUCUGAGCAAUCUGAUCAAGUGGGUCAAAGACCCCAACCUCAUUAUGAAAGAAGUCGGGCUUCGUGGAAUCAGUAACCUGGCACUGCACCCAGGACAAUCAGAAUCGCUGAAGGGCCAGGUUCCAUUCUUGCGAGACUUGCUGAAGAAUGAAGCACGGGUAACAGUGCAGGCAGUCAAGAGCCUACGGAACAUCAUCUGUCAUGGGAAGGGAGAGGACACAAAAGUGGUUUUUUGCAGCAUCUCCAAGCAACUUCGUCCACUCAUCAAUGAUGAGAGGGACCAGGUGAAGAUCUCCGCCACCUCUGCCCUGGGCUACAUGUUGCGUCACAUUUACAAAUUCAAGCCUGGACUCUCCACCCGAAGAGAGAUCUACAGUUUCCUAGUCCCGCUGCUGCUUAGCUUUCAGGAUAACAACCCUGAGGUAGUCAAGGCCUGCGGAGGGGCCCUGACGGAGUGGACCACUGUGAUCGGCUGGUCAUCACUGACCCACAUAUUCAAGCACGCCACCCUCAGCGAUCACAUCCAGGUGUUGGAAGAGACGUGCAAGUACCUGGUGAGCACAAGCAAAACCCAGCUGGUGGGGGACUUACUGUCCCAGAGCUUCGACUUCCUGAAGAGCCCUCAGUCCUUCCUAAGAGCAGCUGCCAUCAGCUUCAUAGGAUUAACAACUAAGAAGCUAAACAUGACUCAAAUAGAUGAUGAUGAUGUGGAGAUCAUACAGACUGCUAUUGGAAGUCUGAGGAAUGAUCCUGUGGAGUCUGUGCAGUCUUUGGUCAAUACAACUCUGAAAAAAAUUGAUGAAUAUGUUAACUCCGGGUUUGUCUCUACUUCCAGGAUGAGCCAGCUGAGUAAUAACAUCUUCAAAGUCACUGGCAUGAAAACCCCAAAAAGAAAGAAGCGGCUGUUUAAGAGUGUCAAACGGGAAAGAGAUGACAAUCAGGAAAUCUGGAAGUGGCUUCAAAGCCCUCUGAAUUCACUGCGCAAGCGGUACAAUAGGAGGGUGAAAAAUAUUCCAGUCGUAAUAGGCAAUUCAGAGAAAUAGUCAGUAUGGUCAUAGGUCCCGACGUCUGGAAAUCCACCUGCAGAGGCCGGGCCCGCCUAAACUAAAUUGCUCCAACUGCUCUGGGACUAAAGCCUUUUCCAUUUGUUCGUCCAGAUGUCAGGACUUUGCCUCCCAGUAGCUCUCUGACCAUAGUCCCACCGGAUGGGCUACUUUGGGAUUACACCCAAGGAGGCACUUUUGAUCUUAGAAGACAUAGUGUGUUUCUGGUCCUUUGUCUCCCUUGGGGAUUGCUGGCCACCAGCAUAUUCAUUUGUCAAUAAAACUUAUUUUC